UCCCCCUGCGUGUGCCUCUCAGUGUUACUGUAGCUGGUUGUCAGGAGGAGGAAUGAGGCUCUCAGCAGUGCUGUGCAGUGUGACAAGCUCCUGGUAAAAGCCAACAUCUCUCAGCUCUGUCACUUUCCAGCCUGCUGCAAAGAGACCAGCAGGAAGAGAAAUAAUGCACAGAGAAAAGGGCAUUUUGCUCCCAUCCACCCUCUCCACACAUUGAUGCUGUUAAUGCACCUUCUUGUUGGCAGCUUUCUCUGUCCGGACAGCCAAAGGGGGGGCUUUAAAGGCUACAGCUUGUCUCCAUUCUGGGGGAUUUAUUUACACUGCUUCGGCUGGCUGCUGCUUCUUCACCAUUGCAACAGGAAAAAGAAAAGGGACCUGAAUGAGGUGUGGGGGGAUUGUCAAGAUGGCUACAGCAGGAGCAAGGAGGUUAUGUGCUUAGUGCCUGAUCACAGAUACAGACAGGACCUCUCUGCAGACUGGGAUAUCACAGAUUAUUCACAAAUCUAGAGACCUGGAUUUUUGCGAAGAGUUCAUUUUUAGGCGAGGAAUGGACCUUUAAAUCCUGUUGGGAUGGUAUUUUAACUCUGCUGGAUGGGGGAUUUCAUGACCACAUGUGAACUUGCAUUUUCAGCCCUUUCUGCACAAGCAGUGUCCUUUUAAAAAAAACAAAAAAAAAUCCAGAGUGAGCAGGGGGAGCUCUGUGUAUAAAGGGAGCUCUGUGAAGGUCCCCUCUGAGACCAGGGCAAAGGAUUGACCUCUCUAUAUGCAGUGAGUGGAGUUGCAUGGAUGUCUUUUAUCUGCUGCUGGUUGUCUGUGAACGCUGUAUAUCCCAUGCCCUCUGUGGAGAGCUGGGCACUUUAAACAGGCAUGGGACCAGUCUGAAUAUAUCUUCCACUGGGGCCAGGGGCACGAUUUCCGUAUGUGCUGCAAGUGGGCUCAGUGCUGGGGGUUCACACUGUGUACACUAAUAGACCGUACCAUAAUUCAUUGGGUGCAGCGUGGGAUUUAGUGCAUAGCUGGGUAUGUGCACCCACUGAAGUGUAUUGUAUUUUAUUUUUAAUUCUUCAUUUUGUUUUCUGCGUUCACGUUAAUUUGUGGAUUUUUGUUUCACAGCACAGGGUAUACCGUUUCUGACAUUUUUGGGUGCUUGAGGUUGGAGGGGUCUGACAUUAUGGCUGAAGCCUCCCCCUCCUCCUCGGUGUCCCCAAUGGGGGAUCUGGAUAUUGACCCGGACUUUGAGCCUCAGAGCCGGCCCCGCUCUUGCACAUGGCCCAUGCAGAGACCGGACUCGCAGGACAGCCCGGCUAAGCCUAGAAGCGGUGACACUGGGGACUCGUCUUCCAUGAUCCCGGAGGAAGAGGAUGAUGAAGAAGAGGUGUCAACAGCUUCCGCGUCUGGAGCCGGAGAGCCUGGAGAGAGAGGCACAGUGGUGCUGGUUACUGGGGGUGAAGCGGGGACCAUGACAGUAGUUGCCACUCCGGUUUGUGGUGCGGACCUGGCGCAGGCUACAUUGGCUGGGGCAGCAGGAUCCCUGAGCGCAGCGGCCGGGCAGCAACAGAGGAAGUGUUCGUCCCGAAGGAAUGCAUGGGGCAACAUGUCCUAUGCCGACCUCAUCACCAGGGCAAUUGAGAGCUCCCAGGACAAGAGGCUUACCCUGUCCCAAAUCUAUGACUGGAUGGUCCGCUCUGUACCCUACUUCAAGGACAAGGGGGACAGCAACAGCUCCGCAGGGUGGAAGAAUUCAAUACGGCAUAACUUGUCCUUGCACAGCAGAUUUAUUAGAGUUCAGAAUGAAGGCUCAGGAAAAAGCUCAUGGUGGGUGAUUAAUCCCGAAGGUGGAAAAGGUGGUAAGGCACCUAGAAGAAGAGCGGUGUCAAUGGACAAUAGUAACAAGUACACAAAGAGCCGGGGUAGGGCAGCAAAGAAAAAGGCAUCCCUGCAGGGCACUCAGGAUGUGACAGAUGAUAGCCCUCAACUUACUAAGUGGCCAGGGAGCCCAACAUCACGCAGCAGCGACGAAUUGGAUGCCUGGACAGAUUUUCGCUCCCGUACAAACUCAAAUGCCAGUACAAUAAGUGGCCGAUUGUCACCUAUUCCAGCUAACACUGAGCUUGAUGAGGUUCCGGAUGAGGAAUUACCCUUGUCUCCCAUGCUUUAUAGCAGCCCAGGCAGUCUAUCGCCAUCUUUAAGUAAACCAUGCACAGUGGAGUUGCCCAGAAUAACUGAUAUGACUGGAACCAUGAACUUAAAUGAUGGACUAUCAGAAAACAUUAUGGAAGACUUGCUGGAUGACAUUUCCCUGACUCCCUCUCAACAGACAUCUCCUGGAGCCCACAUGCAGAGAAGUUCAAGCUUUACUUAUGGCACUAAGGGCUCUCCAUCUAGCAGCUUCAAUAACACUAGUAGCUUCAACUUUCCUUUGACCUCCCUGCGUCAGUCUCCAAUGCAAACCAUCCAAGAGAACAAGCCAGCAAUGUUUUCUACCUUGAAUCAUUACAGCAACCAGUCUCUACAGGAUCUGCUAACCACUGACUCACUCAGCCAUAGUGAUGUACUAAUGACACAAUCUGAUCCACUCAUGUCCCAAGCCAGUACUGCCAUCACUGCUCAGAAUUCACGAAGGAAUAUCAUUCUAAGAAAUGACCCUAUGAUGUCUUGUGCGGCCCCAUCCAGCCAAGGGGGAAGCCUUGUUAAUCAGAACUUGCUCCACCACCAGCACCAGUCCCAUAACUCUUUUAUUGGUGGAAGCCGUGCCUUGUCAAACAGCAUAAGCAACAUUGGCUUAAAUGAUAGUAACAACCUUGACUCAUCCAAACACCAGCAACAGUCGUCGGUCAGUCAUUCUAUGCAAACCAUCUCAGACACACUCUCAGGUUCCUUGUACUCCACAGGCAUGAACCUCUCAGUACUAAGUCAUGAAAAGUUCCCAACCGAUUUGGACCUUGACAUUUUCAAUGGGAGCUUGGAAUGUGACAUGGAGACUAUCAUUCGCAAUGAACUGAUGGAUGCAGAUGGGCUGGAUUUUAACUUUGACUCCCUCAUCUCAUCUCAGAAUGUCAGUCUAACUGUGGGAAACUUCACAGGUGCUAAGCAGACAUCGCAUAGUUGGGUUCCAGGAUGAUGAAAGGAAAAUAGAGCUUGCCAGGCCCAGGAACUGACAAGAGAGCCUAAAAUUGAAACCCUUUGCCAAAACUGCUGUCAGCAAGCGGGCAGUGACAUUGUUUACAACUUAUGACCUUUUCAUGAAACUGCACCACUUUCUUCAGCUUUCAAAGACUGUUAGAAGCAGACCCUUUCUCCAUAUGUAAAAGUCCUUCCAGGAUUUUAUUAUCAUUUAUUGGUUUGGUUUUUGUUUUCCUUCCUUCAAGCUCCUUUUUCAAGUAUGCAAAAUCUUCUGCAUGGGAUGGUGAAGUCACCCAACGUGGAGAUCUCAAUAUCAUGGUCUCUUGAACACAAUGUCACCUUUUACAGUGCAGUUUGGCCCAAAUGUCCCAGGUGGUAAAUUCUUCCCCACCAGCUCUUAAUAUUCAAUAUGGUAUUAAUAUCUUUAACUCAUUAAGCACCAGAGGGAUACCAAGACAAGUUUGGCACUCGGAAAAAAAGAAAAGUGAUAUCGUUUUCCUUUUAAUCCCUUUGAGGAUUGUAUACAUUUUUGUGUUGGGUUAUGUUCUGUCCCCUCUCCUCUUGGUUAUUAUUCUCCAUCAGUACAUGCAUUCAGAUAAGCUAAAUGAUGACUCGAUGUUAACAUUCUUCUUCCACAUCCCUUUCUGUUAGAAAACACCAUUUCCCAUGAAAAAAAAAGGCUUUACUUUAACAUUUUUUACAUUUUCAUUUCCGUUUGAAACCUACAUGUAUUUUUAUGAAAAGAUGAGGCAAUUCAGGGAUAAAUGUGUUGCUGACAUGGUACUACUUCCUGUCACCCCCAUUCAGAUGUAUACUGCUGUAUUUUACUUAUAUGAACAGUGGAGUUUUUAGUCUUUUUUUUCCCCCUUACUACUAUAGUUUUAUGCAGUUUCAAGUUAGUUUGUUGUUUUUGUUUAGUUUUUUUACAUGUUCGCAAAGGGUUUAUAAAGACAAGCAUUUGCCAGACAGUGUAGGCUUUUAAACAAUGCUGUGUGUGUGUGUGUCUACCACCCACAGCUAAAUUUCUUGUACAGAUGUGUUUGUACAUGCACUGGCACACUGGCACUACACGUGUCUUCCAUUGCCCACUUACAUCUUAGAAUGACCCAUAGUGCAAGUGGAAAGCCAGAUAUGAGUGGCAGAAUGGUCAUACAUUAAUUUUCAUUAACCUAUGCCAGUAGAGUACGAAUGGGUGAAUGAACAUUGACGUUUCAUUAAGAAAGCACCGUGUUGUUGUAAAGACCCUUCCAAAGUAUACAUUAGCAUGUCUGAGUUUGUUUUGGAUGGGCUUGUUUAUUUUAGGAGGGAUUGGGGGGGCAUGGACAGCGGGAUAUUUCUCCCCUCUUUUUAUUUCGUGUGUAUGAAUUGCGUGUAGGCCGUGGGAAAAGAAGGCAAGGUGUAAAAAAAUAAAAAACACAACACAAAUGGUACAUCAUUGCAAUUUGGUAUGAAGUACAGAAACUUUGAAUUUACAGAUGUAUAACUACUGUAUUUCUUGACAGUGCUAUAUGAAGACUUUUUUCCCUUUUGCAUUUAUGGCAUUAUGAAUAUAAAUAUAUAAAUAUAUUUUGUUAUGUACAGAGAUGAAUCAUUAUGCAUGGGUGUUAGGAAAAAGAAAAAAAAAAAACAUAAAGCAAGUUAGCAUUUCAUCCAAAGGUUUUAGAGCAUGUGUUCCCAUGGUGACCUAAUUACCAUGGAAUUGUGUACUUGUUCCCCCCAUCUCUCCCCAUUUAAUACUAAUUUCAACCAAUGACAACUACUGAGUUUCUUCCAGAUCCCAUAUUCACCCCGACAUUUGGAGAAUCUAAAAUCUCACUGCAUCAAGUCUGCUGGGAAUUUUUCAUGUGUACUGUAAUCAUCACACACGUAUGUGCCUUUAUUUGUGAUAGAUUUUAUUUGAGCACCACCUCCAGUCAAGUGUCCCUGUAGAUUAUGGCUCAUUUCUUAAAGCGGCAUGCUUGUCUCAAAAUACCAGUGCACACAGUAAAUGAGAUAUGUAGCACAUUUUAACAGAAAGAAAGAAAAUAGGCUUGUGUUUGAUCAUUUAUAUCUUGGCCUAGUGUUUACACAAAAAAAAAUCUGCGUUGUUAUUUAGCUUGUGGUUGAAUGUCGGGUAAAAGAAUACAAAUCCCAAGUUUAGUGAUGGCAUAGCAGGUCUAGUAACCUAACAGGUCAGUUAUUACAGGUCUAGCUAUUCUCUUAUUUAUGUCUUUGAUGGCCACGUCCACUGAAAUCAUCGUGGAUCAGACAUGAUCACAACAGUGGAGGUAAAGGUUCUAAUUUUUUUUUUUAACUCCUGUACUAAUCAAAUUUUUGAUCUGAUGAGUAAAUUAACUAUUAAGAGCAGCAUUUUUUUUUAACUUCAGCACCAUACUUUAAUCGUAGCAGUAGGCAGGCUUUAGCUAUUUUAGUUUAUAGUGUUUUCCAUGUAUGGUCAUUUAAUUAUGAAUUAAGAGCAUGUUGGGCCCACCGUGUUUGGGGUGUAGCCAUAGUGAUUCCUUUUACCAAAGCAAAGUCAAUCAACCCCUAUCUUUUUUUUUUAUUUUGUUUAUUUUUCUAGAGUACACAGAGGUGUGUGGUAGCUUGUUUCUGACAUUGUAAACUGUGAAUUGAUUGGUGCAUAUAGAGAAUCUCCUCUCUUUGUAAAGUGAAUCUGUUUGUUAACUUUCAACAUGUAAAAUGCACUUGUCUGCUUUAAUCUACCAUCUGUCAGAUAUUUUAUUGUAAUUAUUUCUCAAUAGAAAAUACUGAUAGCAGUCCAAUGAACUUCAGAGCAGCCAUGCUCAUAACUCA